CAAUCAAAAUCCAGAACCGACGAUGAAAUGAUGAACAUUUACAAAAAGUGGAUGUUAGAGCAUGAAAAAGUCUACAACGGAGGAAUUGAGGAAUCCGAACAACGUUUCAAAAUUUUUAAGGAUAAUUUGAUCCUCAUUGAUGAUCAUAACGCCGCCGAGAACCGGACCUACACGGUUGGACUGAACGAGUUGUCCGAUCUCACCGAUGAAGAGUACCGAUCAUAUUACCUGGGCUUGAAAUUCGAUGCCAGUCACCAAUUUGUUCUGUCAAAGCUGGCCAGCCAAAGGUACGCUGCGUCCUCAGCUGAAAUUCUCCCGGAGUCGUUUGACUGGAGGACAAAAGGCGCCGUUUCACCAAUUAGGAAGCAGGGAGAAUGCGGAAGUUGUUGGGCUUUCUCGACCAUUGCGGCGGUGGAAGGAAUCAACAAGAUAAAGACAGGAGAGCUGAUUGAUUUGUCAGCGCAAGAACUUAUCGACUGCGACCGAACUGUCAACCGCGGCUGCAAAGGCGGAUUCGUCCAUCAGGCAUUCGAAUUCAUUACUAGAAACGGUGGUAUAGACACCGAGGAAGAUUAUCCUUAUCAAGAAGCCGAUGGCACGUGCGAUGCCACUAAGGUGAAUUCAAAGGUGGUCAGAAUAGACGGUUACGAAUUCGUACCUUCCAACAACGAAAAUGCUCUAAUGAAAGCGGUCGUACAUCAGCCCAUCAGCGUCUACAUUGAAGCCGGAGUUUGGGAAUUCAAAAAUUAUGUCUCGGGUAUUUACACAGGAAACUGCGGAACCGUCUUAAAUCAUGCAGUGGUGGUGGUGGGAUAUGGGAGUGAGAGCGGAAUUGAUUUUUGGAUAGUGAAGAAUUCAUGGGGAAAGAACUGGGGUGAAGAUGGAUACGUUAGGAUCAAGCGGAAUGAUGUUGCUGAUAUUGGAAAAGGGAAAUGCGGCAUAGUGUCGUUUCCUUCUUAUCCCAUAAAAAAUGAAAAUGCAAACGUCGACGUCGACGUCGACGACGUAGCCGGAGGAGUACGUCGUUAG